AUGUCCACUCCACUGGAGGAUGCCAUGAACACCUUCAUCAGGAUUUUUCAUCACUAUUCUGGCAAAGAAGGUGACAGAUACAAGCUGAGCAAAAGAGAGCUCAAGGAACUCCUCACCAGGGAGCUCACUGACUUCCUUUCUGGCCAAAACGAUCCUCAUCUUGUUGAUAAGAUUAUGAACGAUCUGGAUUCCAAUAAAGACAAUGAAGUGGAUUUUAAUGAAUUUAUGACUCUGGUUGCAACUCUGACUGUGGCUUGUAACGAUUUCUUUGAAGAACAGCUAGAAGAAGGAUUUUAAUGAUGCUGUAUAAAAUCGGUCUGAUCACAAAUGCAAUGAAUCAUGACUAGUUAGGUAGUGCUCAUUAGCAUUUGGUGAACACAAACCAUCAUCACUCCAAUUGCUACAGCUACAAAACUCUUGUGGACCAGAUCAGCAGCUGGCGUAAGCUGGACCAAAGGCAGCUUACACUACCUGAAGUCUGGCUGUUAGUAUUUUCAGCCUUUGCACUGUUGUAAUACACCUUUGUCAGUUCUCCAGUCCAGGCCUGGGGUGACAGAUUGUU